AUGGAGUCUAUACGUCUACUUCUCGCAAUUAUCCUCGUUGGUCUAUAUCUUGUUAGAUCAUUAUUCAGCAGAAAGCACCCUCUAGGACCCUUACCACCAGGACCUCCCCGAAAACCAAUUAUCGGCAAUCUAACAGACCUGCCAUCCCACGAUGUCCGCGAUUGGGAAUACUGGCUUACACAUAAAGACCUCUACGGUCCAAUCAGCUCAUUGAGCAUACUAGGCGACAACAUCGUCAUCCUCAACGACGCCCGCUACGCCCGAGAAAUACUCGAAAAGCGAUCUUUCAUCUGGUCCUCCAGACCCAGUUGGAACUUCGGUAAAAUGGCCGGUUGGGAUAAGAUUCUAGGUACCCUAGAAUAUUCAAACCCUUCGUUUAAGGGCAUGCGGAAGGCCCUUGGUCAUCAGAUUGGAUCGAAGGCGGCUGUGUCUCGAUUCAAUGCGGUGCAGGAUCUUGAAGUCCGUCGGUUUCUUCUUCGUGUACUUGAGGAUCCGGAUAAGUUACUACAACAUAUACGCAAAGAGGCUGGUGCUAUCGUUUUAAAGGUCGCUUAUGGCUAUACGAUUGAGCCACAUGGGCCUGACCCCCUUGUUGACCUCGCUGAUGAGGCUAUGGCUACUUUUGGGUUGGCCAUUCUUCCGGGGACGUGGGCUGUGGAUUUUAUUCCCAUCUUGAAACAUGUGCCUACGUGGUUUCCGGGGGCUCGGUUUGCACGGAUGGCAAAACAAUUUCGAAAGAAUGUUGCAGAUUUCAGUGAUGUGCCAUUCGCAUUUGUGAAACGGAAAUUAGCCCAGAAGGACUUUGAGCCAUCUUUUCUGGCCGGUUUACUUCAGAAGAAUGUGAGCCAGUCUGGGCCGGGGUCUUAUGAAGAAACGGUGAUAAAGUGGGCUGCUGCGUCCUUCUAUGGUGGCGGAUCUGAUACGACGGUAUCCACCAUGUCGAGUUUCUUCCUUGUGAUGGCACUCUUCCCCGAGGUGCAACGGAAGGCGCAAGCCGAAAUUGAUCGUGUCGUAGGGCCAGACCGUCUACCUAGCUUUCAGGAUCGCGAAAAUCUCCCAUAUAUUAAUGCCAUGGUCAAAGAAAUCCUCCGGUGGCAUCCGGUUCUCCCGAUGGGUACAGCGCACGCCUCCGUCACCGAAGAUAUGUAUGAAGGGUAUACAUUUCCCAAAGGGACUCUGAUGGUCCCGAAUGUCUGGGCUUUUACACACGACCCCAAUACCUACCCAGAUCCUCACGCCUUUAAGCCAGAACGCUUCCUAAGCUACGAAGGACACGAACCCGAGGCCAAUCCGUACUACUUGGUCUUCGGAUUCGGACGCCGUGUAUGCCCAGGCCGCACACUAGCUGAUGCGAACCUGUACAUCUCCAUUGCUCAAUCGGUGGCAGCCUUUACCAUCACCAAGCCAACUCGAGAUGGUAAGGAGAUCGAUUCACGGGCCGAAUAUCAAGCGGGUGCGAUCAGUCAUCCGGUGCCGUAUAACGUUACUAUCAAACCGCGUAGCCCGCAGUAUGAAGAGCUUAUCCGCGCAGUGGAAACAGACCAUCCGUGGGAGAAGAGCCAUUCUGAGGAGCUUAAGGAUCUUACGCUGGUGUGAUUUUUGGCGUGGGUAUCUCGGUGAUUUCGAUACUUUUUAUUGUUGGUACUAUUGGGACUGCAGAGACGGCGUCGCUGUUGGCUCAUCCAAGAACAAUAUAUUUUGCGUGGUGUCUCCACUCAAAGAUAUAUGUCAUUCCAUGGUACCAAGGGGCGUUGCACGAUUGAACCAGUACCUUAGACUGAGCCUAUGGAAUGAGUGUGUUUUCAGGGUUGGGCAACAACAGAGGGCCUGGACGUGGCCAUAAGAACGCAUAUUUUGUCUCAAACCAAGUCAGCAAAAAGGAAAAGCGUAGCAACACCCAAAACAAGUCUCCUAGAGACAUGUGAAAAAGCAAUGGAAAGCAAAAAAAGAUGGAGACGCGG